AUGUUAAGGGAAGCGAUAUUUCCGGGGGUCACUGAAAAGGCUCAGAAAGGUAACACGUGUCGUGACUCAGAUGAUGGUGCGGUUACAUCUGACGAGGAACUAAGAGAAGGUGAUGAUGAUAUAGGAGCGCAGGACAGCCAACAAAGAAGCAACGACCGGGAUCUCAAGGACCAGCUGUUGCGUAAAUUUGGAAGCCAUAUCAGUUCACUGAAACACGAGUUCUCUAAGAAGAAGAAGAAAGGGAAGCUACCAAGAGAAGCAAGACAAGCGUUGCUUGAUUGGUGGAAUGUUCAUUAUAAAUGGCCUUACCCCACUGAAGCCGACAAAAUAGCUUUGGCUGAAGAAACGGGUUUGGAUCAAAAACAAAUCAACAAUUGGUUUAUAAACCAAAGGAAACGCCAUUGGAAGCCUUCGGAGAACAUGCCUUUCGCUAUGAUGGACGAUUCUAGUGAAACAUUCUUUACCGAGGAAUGA